AUGGAAUGCGAAUCCGGCCGCAGUGGACCGAUGCCACAGGACUCUGCACUCAUGGCAAGUUUCGAGACCGCCGACAACAACUUCGAUGCCAGCAGCGCUCCCUGGGAAUCAUUCCACAGCAGCAUCCUUAAACUAUCACCUGCGCAACUCCGUGAUCGUGGCCUGGACGAGAAUGGCUGGUUGGAAAUGAUCGCAAGGCAGUCGCGAUUUUUCGAUCAUGCGCACGAAUUUCCGUCCAAGUGCUGGAACAUCGAAUGGGGUACUCGGGAUCGUUGCAAGUGCCCGCGGAUCAAAGAGGAGUAA